AUACUGUAGCGUUCAUUGGCAUAAACUUGCUUAGAUGGCAGGAGACUCCAACUCUGCGAAAUCCAUGGAAAGAGAGCUGAGAGAUGAUCCAUGCUCGACUGGAGAUGAUGCACUUGCUGUAAAGCCCAAGAAAAAGAAAGCAAAGGCCAAAGAAAAGGAGAAGUCUCAGAUGGAAAGCAAGGGGAAAACACACAGAAAGAUGAAAACGCCUAAAAAGGAGAGCAUGGACUUUGAUGAAAGUGGUGACAGAAGGUUACAGCUGAAUGUGAAAGAAGAGCCAGAGGAAGAUCCUGACUUUGUUGCAGAGAGGAAAGGGGAAAAGAGGAAAAGAAAGGUGGAUAACACUGAUGUUCUGUCUUCUACCUCAGAAGCUCCUUUGCUGAAAAAGAAGAAAGUUGCAGAAGGGGGGCAGGGAAAAUCUGCAAUUGAGAAGAGAAAAAAGAAAGAAGAAAAGGAAAAGGUGAAAAAAGAGGAGGGAGAGUGUCCUGUCUCCAGCAAAAAGAAGAAAACCAAGGAGGAGAUCAAAGCAGCCAGGGCUCUCAAGAUAAAGAAGAAAGAGGAAGAGGAGAAGCAAAGAUGGAGAUGGUGGGAAGAGGAAAAGUAUGAGGAUGGAAUUAAAUGGAAGUUUCUAGAACAUAAAGGACCGUAUUUCCCCCCUGAGUAUCAACUCCUUCCAGAUGAUGUCAAGUUCUAUUAUAAUGGAAAGGCAGUGAAGCUCAGUCUGGCAGCUGAAGAGGUGGCACUUUUCUUUGCUCAGAUGCUGGAUCACGAAUACACCACAAAAGACAUCUUUCGCAAUAACUUCUUUAGGGACUGGAGGAAGGAGAUGACUCUGGAAGAGAGACAGCUGAUCAUGGAUCUGAACAAGUGUGAUUUUGUAGAACUCCAUGCCAUGCACAGACAUAAGGUGGAAGCCAGGAAGAACGUGACCAAAGAGGAGAAACAGGUUAAUAAAGAGGCAAAUCAAAAGAUUGUUGAUGAGUAUGGCUUCUGUGUGUUGGACCACCAUCGUGAGCGCAUUGGGAACUUCAAGAUAGAACCUCCAGGGUUGUUCCGAGGCAGAGGAGAUCACCCUAAACAGGGAAUGCUUAAGAAGAGGAUUCGUCCUGAAGACGUCAUAAUCAACUGCAGCAAGGACUCCUGUAUCCCGGAACCCCCAGCUGGACACAGAUGGAAGGAAGUUCGUCAUGACAACACAGUAACAUGGCUCGCUAGCUGGACGGAAAAUGUACAAGGCAGCUGCAAAUAUGUGAUGCUCAAUGCCAACUCUAAACUUAAGGGUGAGAAGGAUUGGGAAAAGUAUGAGGUGGCUCGGAGACUGAAGACGUGCGUAGAUGCCAUCCGAACCCAGUACCAGGAGGACCUCAAGUCCAAACAGAUGGGAACACGCCAGAGAGCCGUAGCCCUCUACUUUAUUGACAAGCUGGCUCUGAGAGCAGGUAAUGAAAAGGAAGAGGGUGAGACGGCAGACACUGUGGGUUGUUGCUCUCUGCGUGUGGAGCACAUCACCUUACAUGACACACUGGAUGGCCAGAAUUGUAUAGUGGAGUUCGACUUCCUGGGUAAAGAUUGCAUCCGCUACUACAACAAGGUUCCUGUGACCAAAAGGGUUUUCAAAAACCUCAAGCUUUUCAUGGACAACAAGGAAGGAGGAGACGACAUCUUUGAUCGACUGAAUACUCAAAUGCUGAAUAAACACCUUAGUUCUCUCAUGCCAGGACUGACUGCAAAGGUUUUUAGGACAUACAACGCCUCCAUAACCCUGCAGCAACAACUAAAAGAACUUGGCAACAUGACAGAUAAUGUGGCAGAGAAGUUGCUCUCUUACAACAGGGCAAACCGUGCGGUUGCAAUUCUAUGUAACCAUCAGCGUGCGGCGCCAAAGACCUUUGAACAAUCCAUGGCUAAUCUGCAGACAAAGAUUGAUGGUAGGAAGGAGCAGCUGGCCCUGGCUAAGAAAGAGCUGAAGCAGGCCAAGAAAGAAGCCAAAGGGAGCUCAGACAACAAGCUGCUCACUUUGGUGGAGAGGAAGAAGAAAGCAGUGCAAAGAUGUGAAGAACAGCUGCUGAGGAUGGAGGUUCAGGCUACGGACAAAGAGGAGAACAAACAGAUCGCCCUGAGCACCUCCAAACUUAACUACCUGGAUCCACGCAUCAGUGUGGCCUGGUGUAAGAACAUGGAGGUGCCACUCGAUAAAAUUUACAACAAAACCCUAAGGGAUAAGUUUGCUUGGGCUAUCGACAUGACCGAAGUUGACUUUGUGUUCUAAUUGUGGUUUGCUUACCCCCUAAUUCAUCCUAACAUUUUAUAUUGUUUUAUAUUGAAACUGUUGUCUUAAUUGUGUAGCCGUAGGUUGUAUAGACAUAUUGUUGACACCUUUUAUAUUUUUUAUAUUUUUUUUUUUAUGUUGUUUUAUCAAAUUCAGGUAUUCUACAUUGUUCAAUAAAUGUUCAUAAAUCGCAAAGUCUUUAUAAUUUUUCAUGUAAAGCACAAAAAUCUUCAGUAUGUGGGUGAAUCCAGUGAAAAAAUGCCUGGGUAUAAUUUCACCUCAUCAAAAGAAAAAAUAAUAAAAAAAAUAAAUACAAAAUAUCUCAUUUCCAAUAGCGUAAUACAUGUAAAGAAGAAAUGCAUAAUUUUUUACGCAUAAAUCAUAAACAAAAAGGCAGUAUAACAAAUACUACCAAUUUUAUUAAUAUAUAGUUUCUUUUUUCUCAUUUUAAUAAUGAGCAUGACAUAUUUGUUGCUUUACAGUAGAGAAUUAAAGGCAAAAUGUGCUUGAUUAUCAUGGAAAUUAUUUCACAGUCCAAAAAAUCCAAAGAUCCUAAAAUUAUCUCUAUGCAAAAUAUAUAUUUUCCUUUUGAUUUUGGGGUGAAAUACAACCCAGGUAUGUUCUAGACAGGUUUCAUUUAGCCCAAAAUAAGCUACCAGUGGUUAACAGUUGUGUUACAACAUGUCUUUUUGUCCCAAUUCCAAAAUACCAAAUGUUUUUUUUUAUUAUUAUUUAGCAGGUUAUUCAUCAAAUUUGAGCUAAAGCUUUCAGUGUUCCGCAUCAUGUGCUAGACCUUUGAUAGUGUUAUGAGAUUUCUGUUAUAAAAGUUUCAUCUUACCUAGUUUACUCAUUGAUAAAAGUCUGUGAAAAUUUUAUACAAGGUGAUUUCCAAGAAUUUAUCUUGUUAGUCUUUGCUUGAGUGUAUUUCACAUGUUAUUUCAAAAUAUUUAAGCCUUGUU